AUGGGAGAGAUGGCGGUUAAAACACCCCACACCACUCUACAGCGGAUUGGUCGGUUCGCCCUGCCUGCCACCGUCUAUGAUUCCCUCUUCAGCCAAUCAGAGGGUCCCCCUUGGGUGGGCCUCCUGCUUAGGGCUUUGUUUGGAGCUGUCAGUGGAGCAGGUCUGUUCCUAGGCCUGAUCUACAACCUCCCCAUGACCUUUCACCCCAGGCUGACAGCGGGCUGUUUCUUCAUAGCUCUGUGUGUUGUGGGCGGAGUCUUCUCCUCCUCCUUCAGGGCGUCGGUCCUGAUGAUGUUUCCCAGCAUGCUCGGCUCCAGGGGGCGGAGCUACCUCCUGGUGUACACCCUGUCUGCGCUCUACAGCGGGCCGCUGUGGAACAUCCAGAGCAACGUGCAGAGCGUGGCCCUCUCUCUGGGCUGCAACCUGGACCUCCAGAUGAACCACAGCCGACUGCUCUGGAGGACCACCGUGGAGCCCCUCAUCGCCCUGAGCCAGCAGGUCAUGGAGGAGCAGGGGGGCUUCCAGGAGGAGGCUCUGGACGUCAGCAGGGCGUUCCAGCAGAUCAGAGACGAGGUCAUCGCCCAGUACGGCUACGACCGCUUCAGCCCCAACCGCAGCAGCUCCACCCAGGACCAGUUCACCAGCAAGACCCGCCUGCAGUGUGACAGCGUGGUGGAGCAGGCGACCGGGCGGUGUCGGGACUGGUUCAGCAGGAAGUGGACCGACUGCGUGGAGACCGUCUCCGUCCCCGUCAUCAGCGACAUCCUGUGUGUGUCCAUGAAGUUCCACUUCCUGUGUGACGUCAUGAGAGUGAUGACCCCGUGGUGCCGGGAGCAGGUCCCCGUGGAGGGGAACUUUGGGCAGACCUUCGAUCAACUCAACCGCUCCAUGGACCGGCUGGCCACCGAGUUCAGCACCAGCCUGGUCCUGGAGCAGGAGGAGCAGCAGGUUCUUCUGGGAGACUUCCAGGACGUCUUCCAGGCGGAGCUGGCCUCCUCCUUCCAGAAGGUCCAGGACCUCAGCUCCAGGGUUCUCGACACGCUCCAGGUCCUCCUCUCCCUCACCUUCAUCUUCAUCUUCACAGGGGCCUUUGGUUAUGUCCAUAAGUACAGGAGGGACAUCUUCUUUGACAACGUCUACGUCACAACGUACUUCAGGCAGAUCGAAGCCCGGAGGAAGACAGCUGAUAAGCCCUUCCUGUUGCCUCUGAACAGAGCAGAACGGACUCAGCUCAUCAACCCCUGGAGUCCGCUCAUACACCCCCGUGAACUGGAGGAGUUGGUGGGCUGUCUGGGAGUCCUGGUCAGUGUCCUGCUGGCCGUGGAUCAGACCCUCAGCCGCAUUCUGGACCUCCUCCAUACACACACACACACUGAGUUCAACCUCACAGGCCACCAUGACGUGGAUAUCCGUGUGGGCGGGGCCUCCAUGAUGGCCCGCCUCCUGAGGAAGACCAUCUCAGCCUUCAACAGCUCCUCCCACCUGGACAUGCACUCCUCCAACCAGGACUGCCUGCCCCAGUCCACAUCGCUGCAGGUCUCGGACUACGUGUGCACUAUCGCUCCCGUCCUGCUGGGGGCGCUGAUGUGCUGCCUGCAGGUCUACAGCAACCGGCUGCGGAGGGCCAUCGCUGCCUUCUACUAUCCGAAGUGGGACAAAAGGCGCGUCCUCUUCCUCUAUAACUUCCACCUCCAGAACCGCGUCAGUUUCAUGGCUCGCCGGCGCGCCCUGCUGGCCACCAGGGGGCGCCCUCACGCCGCGGGUCUCCCCAGGUGUGUUCAGGUGGUCCUGGGGCGACUGGGCUGCCGGUUGCCAUGGCGCAGGUUGUCGAGGUGCUGUGUGUGUGAGGGGGGGUCGGGGGGUCAGGGGUCGGGGGCGUGCCCCUGGCCGGCCUGCGGAGCGACCUUCUGCGCCCCCUGCUGGGACCACCUGCAGCGCCUGUGUCCCUGCCGUCACCAUGACGACACCCCCCCCCUUCUGAAGCAAUAA